CUGUGUGUAUAUGUAUGUAUGUAUAUAUAUCUGUGUGAAUGUUGUCUAUCUGUUGGCCCUUCGAUGAGGUGGCGACUUUUCUAAGCUGUUACCCGCCUUUCGCCCAAAUGCAGCUAGGAUAAGCUUCAGCACCACCCGCGACCCCGAAAGGGACAAGCGGUAGAAGAUGGAUGGAUGGAUGAGUGUAUAAAAAUAUAUAUAUGAGUAUAUACAUUUAUAUAUGUAUGCACACAGUAUAUGAAAAAAGUAUAUAUUUGUAAAAAUAGACAAGUACGUAAGUUUAUAAAAUAAAAUGACUCAAUAAUUACUUACAACAUUAAUUCAUGUUUACCACCUUUAACAACAGCAAAGUGGGCAUUAAAAAAAAUCAAGAAAAAGGAAAGUAGAAUCAUUUACCAUAGCUAGAGAGCCUUACGUUCAUUGGUGCACAUGUUGGGUAUCAUGUGCAGACAGACAGACUGUAGUUAUUAAUAAUUAUAAUAAUAAUAUCUCUGCACCCCCGACCCCUUCCAUCAUGUUUUUCAAUCCUUCUUCUGGAAUGUCAUCAGCAAGUGUCUCACUCCUCUGCAGACCACCUUCUCGUAUACUUACUUUCUAUACGUGGACUUGUUAUGAAGACUGAGGCGCCCGCGUUACAAGAGGUAACAGAUCUCCUGCAAAUAUCCGACGGAUUGGAGGAUACAGUGAAUGAGGGCAAGGAAAUGUGGUGCCCUGACAUCGAGUUUGAACUUGAUGAUGACGAGGAGGACGAGGAUGAGGAUACAUACAUCACCAUGCAUGAAAUUCUACUGUCCGAGUCAUCCGACAGCACUUCCGAGGCAUCGUGGUGGGACGCGGACACUGAGGAUGCCCACCAAGCAUUCUCUUUUUUCCGCCUUCAGUCCGCCGUUACAAGGAAGGAGGCAGUCAGCAGCUGUGAAAGUGAUCCUCAAGGCUCGGCCCAGGUCCACCUGUCAAUCAAAAGCACCUCCAGAGGCGCUAUAAAUGACCGAGAAAAUCACCCUGCCAAAGGCGGUGGAGAUCCCCCGGUGGUGGGGGCGCGUAAUAGGGCAAAGGGCGUCAUUCCGGCAGGGAAAGAAAAAGCAGAGUAUUCCAGUUGCGCUUCAAGCGAGCUGGACGACACUGAUAAGGAAGUACGCAGCCUGACGGCAAAAGCAUUCAAAAGCUUGGCAUACCCGUACCUGGAUUCUAUCAGCUUCAGCACCUCAAGCGAGGAGUCCGACAGGUGGAUCUUGACCCAGCCGUUCGAUGGGGACCAGCACAUUAUGGGGAAGUUGAGUCAAGGCGGGGUGAUUCGGCUCAGGGAGACGCUGAAUUUGAACUGCAACAUGAACUCUGGGAUGUCUAACUUUGCAUCAGGAGGAGAGGUGGAGGCAUCCCAUUCCACAGAUGAGUUGAAUGGCUCGCAUGAGAGCUGUUUCAAUGAGGCGUGGAGGGCCACCAUGAAAUCGCAAAGCAUGGAGGGCACCCACAAGAAAGCAGUCUUUGCGUCCAGUUUGAUUCAAAACGUGCUCUCCAAAAAGAUACAAUUCGAGCAGGAGAGGCGGAUGGAAAGGGGGGAGGUGAGGGAGCCUCACCAUCGGGGAGCCGCCAAGCAGCUUGGAGCCGCCAAGCAGGAUUACACCACCGCUGCAAUGGAAGAAGCAUUCAGAGGUGCAGGUUGGCUCCACAGUCAAAAUAGCGCCUUCAGGUGCUGGAGGAAUGAGGAGAUUGAGUUACAAGCGGAUCAUAAAAUCCCAGAAGGGAUGCCACUGACGCCCUCGCCACCCCCUCCUGCUCCGGCUCCGGAUCAGGAUUCAGAGAGCAAGACGAUGAAAAUGUCUCAUUUGUUUGUGCCAAACAUCCAAAGCACGGCGAGAGAAAAAUCUCCAGAAAUUAAAAUCAAUCUCCAGGGAGGGGCCCCUGUUUUUACGUCGAAGGGUGAGUCCACCUCGGAUAAAGUUCCGCAUUUUAUGGUCCGCGACAUCCGAGAUAGCAAAGGGAAUCUGCAGACGCCCAUACACCAAGUAAGGGAUGUACGCAAGUUGGUGAAAAGCUCUUAUUUAGUCUCAGUGGGCGAUAAAUCCACUUUGGCCAGCACCAUCCCUGUGCCUGGGUCUCCAAUGGUGAUCAAAUGCCAGUCAGUCAACACCAAUGACAGAAAAUCUUACCUAGAAGGGAAAUCCAAAAGACCAGCUGUAAACAACUUGCAGGAGGGGAUGACUUUACAAAUAGGGAAGAAAAAAACGGAAUUUAAAAAGUCUAACCAGGUGGCGCUAGAGAAGCUCCAAGCGGCAGUGAAAACAAUGGAGCAGCUUUAUGUGUUCGACAAGAAUGAGUGGAAACGCAAGGACAAGCCGCUGUCCCUGCCGGAUAGUCACAUUCUUUCAUUGAUAGCAAACGAGGAGGAACCGACACAGAAGUUGGACCCUCAUGAUAGACUCCUGUCACCAACUCUUGUGGGCAGUUCUUCAAGACUCAAGGCACCUUCAACUAUCGUUGCGCCAGACGCAAAAAUGUUCACUCCCAAGUUACCCCCAACUGAUAACUACCUAACCAUUCCGCUUAAAUCCCAACAAGCCUCAACCGGACACUUUAGGGUGCAGGAGGAGUCACCCUCGAGGAUGUCGACAAUGAGACCGCCCUCUCCUGAAGUUCCUGCUCAAGUUCCUGCUCAUCAGUCAAUGUCAACAAAUCAGGUGUACUGUUUCUCCCCCGCACCUACCCUAGACUCCUUCCCGCUCACCCAGAGGAAGAUGCUCCUGGAUCCCACCAGUGGAAGCUACUACCUAGUUGACACCCCGAUCCAACCCCCAACGAGGCGCCUCUUUGACCCUGAAACGGGUCAAUAUGUAGACAUACCCUUAUCCCAACCUCCAAUAACCCCCAUGCCGAUCUCUCAUUUGGCCAUUGGUUCCGGGGCGGCGUAUGGUCCCAACUAUAUGAUCUAUCCCGGUUUCAUGACAUCGCCCCCACUAAUUCCAACCCGCACGCUAGUGCAGAUGCCACAGAUGCCGGUGCAAGCUGAGGCAGAAAAAGUAACUCAUAACCCACAGCAGGGCAUGUACAUGGAGACCCCCUACUACAUGAGCACAGCAAAGGCACCCCAAGCUUCUUCGAUGACUCCGCAUUUAGUUGGCGUCAACGCAGCACAACAGCAGCCACUCAUUAGCAUCAUGUCACAGCAAGGGCCGAGGAUUAUUGCCCCGCCCUCUUUCAACGGGACCACCAUGAGCUUUGUGGUGGAGCACAGGUGAACAGAAAGGUGGAUAGCACUCAUUGCUGAUGUUGGUAUGCAUCUUGAUAGGGUGGUAUGUGGUAGUGUAGGUAAAAAUAGAAGAGGUAAUUUAAGUAGCUACAAUUGUAAGUACAAUAGGUGGAAAAGUAGCAAGAUAGGUAGGUAGGUUGCCUGGUUCCUAAAUACCUAUAUAGGUGCUUUUGGAAAAAAGUAAGUAGAUAAUUAGGUAUCUAAGUAGAUACCUAUCUAAAUGUAUAGGUAGCUAGAUAGCAAGGUAGUUAGGGAAGUUGCUACUUAAGGUAAGGAAGUAGUUCCAUAGGAAAAAUUGGUAGGUAGUAAGUGGAUAGUUUGGUAUCUAGAUAGGUCGGUAAGUGAUUUGAUGUAUGUAAGAAGGUUGAGUAACUUGGUAGGUAGGGUAAUAGGGUAUGUAUUUAGUACCUUCUUAUACACAGUACCCAGGUACCCAGUAUGUGGCAAAAUAGAUAAGUUACUAUAUAAGUAGGUAUGAUGGUUCGCAGGAAAGAAGGUACUGGAGAUAGGUAGGUAUGCUAGACUGUGAGUAGGUAAAUCUUGAUGCCAAUAACACAGUUGUGAUAGGACAAGGGCUGGAUGUAAAUAAUGUAUACAUGUUUACGAUAGGUGAACAAAAUGAUCUUAAGUGCAGGGGGCCUUCAACAAGCACUCAAACACGACAUGUGUUCAAGUGUGUGUCGGCUGGAAGUGAAAAGGUCACGUAAUACCAAAGCGUUGUUUACAUGGAGGACUUUUUCAGCUGCUGCCGAAUGUCAAGAAGCCUCCUAGAAGGGUGGCAACAGGCGAAGUCAGCAGCCUUUUUAUAAAUAGUACACGCACACACCCAUGCACACAUACACACACGGCAACAAAUUGUUGCUAACUACAUACUCGUGUACUGUGCUCGCUAUCUGGCCAUACCCGGCAGGAUUACGGCUCUUUAUUUUGCAACUUAUUUUUCACAAUAUUCCACCUUUUUCUCCUGUUUUUAUAAAAUGAUGAGAAUGCUUUUGAGCACUUGUUUACGGGAUCUUCAGCUCAUUUUUCUUGUGGGUUUUAGCAGGCGGGAAAAGAUGUCUAGUCAUACCACAUUUAAGUCUUACCUGUAUGUAAUGGAUUUUCUGUUUGGUUUAUUUUGUACCAUAUUAUUGUAAAACAAAAACUUCAUAGGAAGAGUGAUGCUGCAAAAAAUGUUCAAAGGGUUGAUUCAAUCUUUAUUUGGUUUUUGGCGCAUUUCUCUUGCACUUUUUAAUGCAUUUCUGGAUUAAUGUGUUUGGGCUCGGAAGCACUGCACCAGCAUGCUUUCUUUCUGAUAGAAUAUUACAAUUUUGUGGUGAUCAGUAAGGUGAACAAAUGUGUAGAAAGAAGCCUUACACUGUUGGUAUUUUUCAAGGUAAGUGAAUGUGAAAAUAAAAGUUUUAUAUGUGGAUGAAGGAUCUUCA